GGGACAGAGUGCCAUUGCAUGCAUGUAUCCCCUAAUGGAGCAGUGUCCGGAACUCAUGGCAAACAUGGGAGAAGGGGCGAUGGCGAUGCCCUCUCAGGCGGAUCUGCAUAAAGCCUGCACUCAGAUGCCUUCCGGCCCUUGCGUAAAAGCGAUGAAGUGCGUAGCCAGCGCUUCUCAGGGGACCAGCAUGGGUAUGGACGAACACUUUAGACCCACAAACAACAUGACCUUCCUCCUUCCGCUCAUUGGAGUGACCUGCGGAUUACUGAAGGAGCAGGUCGACUGUGUAACAACGGAAGUGGAGGAACAGUGUACAGAAAUCACUGACCAGAUCAAGCAGAUGGUCACUAUGAUGAACACUGGCUUGCCGGAUGGUAUCGUCUUCCCCGAGUACGACGUCCUGAAAACGUUCAUAAGAACCGGAUGCACAAACGUCCCAGAAGACAUGGCUACCAACAAAUGCGCACGAGACCAUUUAGAGUCUGCGGCAUUAAAGGAGUGUAUGACAAAAGCGAAUGCCGACUUCAAAACUCCAAUGGAGAUGAAGAGCUGCGGAGCCACGGAUGCCCGGCUCAUAUGCCUCAAAGAAUCCGUCGAGAAGCCAUGUGGCAAGAGCUAUUACACCGCCCUGGCCACAAAGGGAGACCACUUUCUAACGAUGCACAUUUUCACGUGUGACCGUUCCACGAGCGCCGCCCCGGUCGUCCGUCUGUCCGCCGCUGCUUCGCUUGUAGUUGUAGCUGCUGUCCUUCUUUUGUAAACUCGAUGGUUCAUUUUUUUAUGUUUGAUACAAAAUUGUACCUGUACUCAAACAGUCUUGCAAUCUGAUUAAAGCACCGUGAUCAAUUGAGUCUGUAUAGGAUUUAUGAAGAUUUCAUUUUAAUCAGAUUGUGCCGUUGUACAUUCAGAUCUUGAAAUAUGCUCGUUUCGCCUAGUUUAUGUAUUGAAUAUGAUAAAUUGUAGCCUUUAUAUACACUUUGGAUCACUUGUUCAGGAUGUGACAAUUAUUUUAAAGCUACAUUCAUUUUUUAUGUAUUCUGUAAUACAAUACCUAUCUUUUUACAUACACUGGCGUGAUUUCUACAUGUAUACCGGAAGUUGUCACUUGCAUAACUUAAUAUUCUGAAACAGUCUGCGGAAUAACAGUUUUAAUUGACAAAAUUCAAACUAGGAACACAACACAUAUACUGGGGCUAACCAAAUUAUGUGGCAGAGUUAAUUUUACUGAAUAAACUUCCGUUACAGCUUUAAAUUAUUCUUUUUAGCAAUAUCUUUUUUCCAUCUUACUUCUCAUGUAUGGGUUAUUUGUUUUCCGCGUUGACAAGAUAAUGUAAUGAUGUAUCCUGUUUGUUGAAGGCAUGUGCUACACGUUUCCGGAAGAGUGUUUCAAAAUCUAAGUUCUAGUAUUGUAUUAUAAGUACUUUAUUACAUAUGCAAAUUUAGAUAAAUGGCCUAAGACUACAGUUACUUUUACUAUAUGUUUCAUAUAUACACUGACCUGGAUUUUCACCUUAAAACAGUCCAAAUUGAAAAACAAGUAACUGGCUCAUGUAGAACAAUCCAAGGCACAACAUUUUAUCACAAGAAAACAUAGGAUUGACCAAUGCAUUCUCUCACAAAAUUCAGAAGUAAUACAUGACCCUUAGUUCUAGACGGAAUAAGGCUAAAAACAAAAAAAAAUACAUGGUUCCACAGGCAAUUAUUCUUUCAAUUUUUACACUAAAAUAUCAUUUUUUGCGAUACAGUUUCAAAUUAUGUUAAGCUCUGUGCUAAUAGGCUACCCAUUACUUCUUUUUCAUUCAUCUUUAAUAGAAUAUUGAUACCUGAACACAAGCACUCUUUUUUUCUGUAUUCACAUCCAGGUCAACGGGAGGGGGGGGGGGGCAAAUAACUGUGGUCUUAAGCCAACAAGAGGGUCAAUGAGGACCCCUAAGAAAUGAACAUGAUAUAUGGAAUGUUUUUACUUAAAAAACUUAUGUUAACAGUCAUGGGAAUUCAGAUACAAAUGAUAAUAAUGGUGUUAUGGCUCAAUUUUAAGCCGGAGAGCAAAAUCUUUUAAUGUAAAAUCUCGUCUCAAGACAAAAAUAUCAAAUAUUCAGUUGGGCUUACAAUGUUUUGUAGAUGAAAUAUUAUUCGAAGAAACGUUAUUUUGAGGAGUUAUGAACCGGGCUAUUUUUCAGAUCAAUGGUGAAUUGGGGAUAAGAGUCUCAGUGGGGGUAUUGAUUGAGAGCGGGGAACAAGUGCCUGUAGUUGUGUAGAUGCCUGGAGCACUGUCGUCCAGACUAUCUGCAAUCAAUAUCCGCUGAUAGUUCUGCCAAAUAUAUUGAUUAAUUAGGGCUAUAAUUAUUUCAUGGUUUGGGUUAAUUUUAAUAUUGAAGCUUGGCUAAAUCUUGUAGGGGACCACGGGUUAAAUCAGGGAUAUUUUUUAUGAAAAUAUUAAUAUUGACUCAUAUUAGGGCCUUUUGUGUUUACUUGAUGAUUAAAAUUAUUCUGCUAGUUAAUUGGACGUUGGAUGGACGAGGAUGGAUGUUUUUUAAAACGUAAUAUGAGCCUAGAGAUCCCGAAGCCUACAUGUAUGUAGAAACGACGAAAAUGCAACAAUUAUAGGUUGCAAACAGUCAGAUUUAGAAUAGUUUAUACAUAUUGAACUUAAUACUUUAAGAUACGUUUUCGUCUAGUCAAGUCUUAUUAAAUCAAAUAUAUAUAUUGCCAUGGAUACAAAAGCAGUUGACACAUGGAAGUGUUUACAGACCUAUUUAUUGUUUCAAUUAGUAAUCGCCUAUGCAAAAUAAGUUUUUUGUUUUUGUUGUUGUUGCCAUCGUUGUUAAGUUAGUGUUAAGAAUUUUUUUUUAAACUGAUGUUUUAGCAAACUUCAUAUUGAAGAGAUACAAUUUUAAAGGUGUUUGUGAGAAAACAAGAUUAAACUUUGCAAACUGUGUUAAACAUUUCAAAUUGAUAUCGUGUUGGUGGUGUUAAACUGUGUUGAAAAACACAUUGUUUUUUUUAUAUCGCUCAACUGUGUGGAGCAAGUGUAUAUUGUAGUUGGUUUGUUGGUACUGAACUGUGUCGAAAAUUGGCACAAUGUAAUUAGUUUGUUGGUACUGAACUGUGUCGAAAAUAUGCACAAUAUAAUUAGUUUG